ACCAACUUAGGGCCACAAUGCUGUCAAAACUACAGUCAACCUCCACAGGAUCAAAGAGUGAAUACGAGGAUAGAUGGAAGGACGGAGUGGAUUAUUAUUCAAAUGUUCCCUAUUGCUUGGUAAAGCAGGAAUCAGCACCUUCUAUUUUAAAUAGAACGUUCUGACAAGGGCAGGAUCCAUCCGAGAGAGAGGAAGGCUUUCAUGUCUCAAAAGUAAAAGACAAUCAAGUUCUGUUCGAUCUUCAAAGCGGAGAAAGAAGGGCAGGAAGGAAACAUUUUCAACAAGGGAGGUUUUUGUACUGUUUCUUAUCUCUCUGUCCACGACCCUGUGGAAAUCUAAUUAGCAUAACACAAAAAUCACUAUCACAAUCUGUCUAUUUCAGCUAGAGAUAUCUGUAGUUUUUGUUGUUGUUGUUGCAUGGGCUGCAUCUCAAUCCACCGCCUCCACAGUGUUUGUCAGAUCAGGAGACAUCUCUUCUCAUGAAAACGUCUGUAGUGUCCGAACACACUACACUACACCCACAAGCCUCACAAAACUCGUCUGUAGGUAGCCCGGUACCAGUUCAAACAUUUUUAUUUGGAAGUACUUUAGUGCCAAAAAAAAGGGGGCUAAAUAUGGGUACAUUUAAAAAAUAAUAAUGUUUUAAGUAAGAUAUAGGACAGACACUUCAAAACAUUUUUUAUUUAGCCUUUCUUUAAUGAUUUACUUAUUUACAAUGAUGGCCAAACCCAGACGAAGCUGGGCCAAUUGUGAGCCACCCUAUGGGACUCCCAAUCACAGCUGGAUGUGUUACAGCCUGGAUUUGAACCAGGGCUGUAGUGACACCUCUUGCACUGAGCUGCAGUGCCUUAGACCGCUGCGCCACUCGGGGGCCCUAACUUCCCUUUGAUGUUUUUUUUCACUAUCUGUUUUGCCAUGUAUGAAUAUGUUAUUUAAUGCAUGUCUAUGGGCUAAUAGCGUUAAGGGCAAAUUCAACGUUUCAUCAAAUACAUUUUAUUUAUAUAUAUUUUUACAGAGAUUCUAAAUCAGAUAGCUAAAUGUUCCUUAGUAUGACCUUAAAUAAUUCCAUAUGUUAGCUUAGUAGAAAUCUGGGUCCUUAGACCUUAUGGGUUAAGUUAUUAUAGUGCUUACACUUAUGGAUACAUUGUAUUCUAUGAAUUGGUGUGGUACUACUGAAGUUGAUCAUCCACUUUAUUGUAUGCAAAUGUGCUAUUCUAAUAAAGUUUGACCUCUUUAGGCCUCAUCCUGAGCACUGCCAGGUCGGCUUCUAGGGGUCGCUGACGGGACCGGACCCCAGCUGCACCCACCAUGACUCCCAGGUCCUCCACCAUGACCCCAACCAUGAAGCAGUGGAGGCAGCUGGUUCUGGUGGUGAUGCUGGCCUGGCUCCUCAUCUUCCUGGCCCUGCUCUCCCACUUCCUGGACCCCCGGGAUGUGGAUCUCCGCUCGCCCUCCUCGCUCACCCACACCGAGACCCGCCGUCUGGCCUCCAUCCAGGGUAGUCCAUCGGGCAUCAGGGCUUCUCCUCUUGAGGUGACAUCCUCAUCUUCACCCGCCAACCAGGAUCCCAGCCACAGCCAACAGGGAAAAAAGGAGGCCCUGGAGCUGAGCCAGAAUGGUGACUUGGUGGUCUGGAAAAAGGUGAGCGACCAGGAGGAGAGGGUGUAUCAGGAAAGGGAAGAGAAGAUAAGGAGGGAGAGACUGAGAAGGAGGAGGAGGAAAGGGAGCAUGUCCAGGGCUGAGCAGCGGGGCAGAGACGGCUACUAUUUAUCCCAGUCCAAGGUAGUGGUCCAGCAGCUGCGAAGGGGCAUUGCCUCAGCGGGAAUGCUCGCUCCACACCUGCAGAAGUCCAUGAGGGACUACCUGAAUCUCAACAGGCAUCACGUGGCCUACAGGGGGCGGCGCAGGGGUAGGCAGAGCGGGAGGGAGGUACUCUGUGAACUGAAGGAGCAGGCCAGGUUGAGGACACUGGAUGGGACAGAGCAACCCUUCUCUGGGCUGGCCUGGGACAGGCUAGUGCCCCCACGACCUCUGGAGCAGCUUUGGGGCCAAGGGUCAAAGUUCAAGUCGUGUGCGGUGGUCACCUCGGCCGGGGCUAUCCUCAACUCUUCCCUAGGGAGAGAAAUUGAUUCCCAUGAGGCUGUGCUUCGCUUCAACGCUGCUCCUACAGAGGGCUAUGAGAAUGAUGUGGGCAACAAGACCACCAUCCGCAUCAUCAACUCUCAGAUACUCGCCCGGCCCAGGCAUCGCUUCACCACCAGCUCUUUGUAUAAGGGUAUGACACUGGUGGCCUGGGAUCCUGCACCGUACUCCGUGGACCUGCCCAGGUGGUACAGGAACCCAGACUAUGACCUGUUCACCCCGUAUGAAGAGCGCCGGCGGCUCCACCCCACACAACCGUUCUACAUCCUCCACCCCAAGUUCAUCUGGCAGCUGUGGGACGUGAUCCAGGGGAACACCCAGGAGAACAUCCAGCCUAACCCCCCGUCCUCUGGGUUCAUAGGCAUUGUCCUGAUGAUGUCGCUGUGCGAGGAGGUCCAUGUCUAUGAGUACAUCCCUUCUCUGCGUCAGACAGACCUGUGCCACUACCACGAGCACCACUACGACCCAGCCUGUACCCUUGGGGCGUACCACCCCUUGCUCUUUGAGAAGCUACUGGUUCAGAGGAUGAACAGCGCCUCCCAGCACGACCUCAAAACCAAGGGCAAGGUCACGCUGUCGGGGUUCAGCGCGGUCAACUGUGGGCCAUGACCCCUGACCUUUGACGACCUAUGGCCAUCAAGAGACAGAGUGCCGAUACUAAUCAAGCGACUGAAGAGGCUAAGUUGAGUCAGCACUGUCGUCCGUGGGCCAUGAUCUGGCUUUAGACCUUUGACCUGGACUGCUGUCUAGAAAAUCAGGAUGAAAGUGAAGAGGAGGAGAGUGUUGCCACUACUAAUCAAUCUUAGGCUGUAGAGGCUAAGCGAGCGUGCUCGAGAACUGCCUUUGCCACAAUGGAAAGUGUCAAUUGUUGAAAGGA